CGCCCCACUGCCACCUGGCAACUCCCAGCCUCUUCCACCGCUCCCCACCUGCCUGGGAUCCAAGUCUCUUCCCGAGCUCGAUAUGUGAGCCAGUGACUCUGGAGAAUGACCGCGGUGUAUGGGAAUGGAGGCGGCCUGGUGACCCCUCACUGUGCCCGCUGGGACCGGCGGGACAGCGUGGAAAGCAGCUACCUGGCCGAGGGCAGCCCAGAGGACGAGGCGGGUCAUUCGCGGCAGCUGACGCCCUUCGAGAAGCUGACCCAGGACCUGUCUCAGGAUGAGAAGGUGGGGAGAGAGAUCACCCUGGGAAAGCGGAUCGGCUUCUACCGCAUCCGAGGGGAAAUUGGCAGCGGGAACUUCUCCCAGGUCAAGUUGGGGAUCCACUCCCUAACCAAAGAAAAGGUGGCUGUGAAGAUCUUGGACAAGACCAAGUUAGACCAGAAGACCCAAAGGCUGCUGUCCCGCGAGAUCUCCAGCAUGGAGAAGCUGCACCACCCCAACAUCAUCCGCCUCUACGAGGUGGUAGAGACCCUGUCGAAGCUCUACCUGGUGAUGGAGUACGCAGGCGGAGGGGAACUCUUCGGGAAGAUCAGCACUGAGGGGAAGCUCUCGGAGCCUGAGAGCAAGGUGGUCUUCUCCCAAAUCGUGUCUGCCGUGAAGCACAUGCAUGAAAACCAGAUUAUCCACAGAGAUCUGAAAGCAGAAAACGUAUUCUACGCCAGCAGUACCUGCGUGAAGGUGGGCGACUUCGGAUUCAGCACCGUGAGCAGGAAAGGUGAGAUGCUCAACACCUUCUGCGGCUCCCCGCCCUACGCGGCACCCGAGCUCUUCCGAGACGAGCACUACGUGGGCGUCUACGUGGACAUCUGGGCGCUGGGUGUGCUCCUGUACUUCAUUGUCACGGGCACCAUGCCGUUCCGGGCAGAGAACAUGGCCAAGCUGAAGAAGAGCAUCCUAGAGGGCGCCUACAGUGUGCCCCCGCACGUGUCCGAGCCCUGCCUCCGCCUCCUCCGGGGUGUCCUCCAGCCCAGCCCCAGUGAGAGGUUUGGGAUCGAUGCGAUCAUGAAACACGAGUGGAUGCAAGGGGUGCCUUACCCUACCCCGUUAGAGCCCUUCCAGCUGGACCCCAGACACUUAUCAGAAACCAGUGUCCUCAAAGAGGAGGAAAACGAGGUCAAAAGCACUUUAGAACACCUGGGCAUCACAGAAGAGCAUAUUCGGAACAACCAAGGGAGAGAUGCCCGCAGCUCCAUCACAGGCGUCUACCGCAUAGUCUUACACAGGGUCCAGAGGAGAAAGGCUUUGGAGAGUGCCCCCGUCAUGGUACUUCCGGACCCCAAGGAAAGAGACUUAAAGAAGGGGUUCCGUAUCUACAGAGGCAUAAGACACACAUCCAAAUUUUGUUCGAUUUUAUAAAUUGCACUAGACUGGUGGUGAUUUAACCAAAAUUGUUGCUGCUUUUAAACUUUUUCAUGAACAACUUGGGUGAAAACAUUUUUUGUAAUUUUUAAAUAAAUUUAAAUUUAAGAGA